UCUGAUUGAGCAUCAUUCUCACAUGCUGCGCUUUCAUGCCUCCUCUUUCACACUCACUCUCUCCGUCUCUAAGCUUGACUUCACAGCUUCACUUACAGCCCCAGUGAUCAUGCCGCAUCCCUCUCUCUCUCCGUCCUCUCCUCCCCCUGUCUGCUUCCGUCUUCAUAUUUCUUCAUCAAACUGACUGUUGGACCUGCUUUUUGUUGAGAGGGACAUUUAGAUGCGGGACUUGGCUUGUUUUUCACCUUGCAGCUCACUCGUCUGGACGGCUUUCGGAAAGGGGUCCGGCUUCGUCCUGGAGUUUCAGGAAUACGUCGAUCAACCGGUUUGCUGAGUGUUUUCCCAGAGUCCCGGAGUCUGUUGCAUAGCUGUGCGUCUCCUGCGGUGCUCUUAUAGUCUCGCUGAGGAGCGUGGGCUGGAGAAGAAAACCCCCCUCAACAGCCUGAGGAGGAACACCGGUGAGGGUCAGAGGGAAACAGUGAUAAAAAAGAAGGCAAGACUGAAGGGCAAAGCAGCAUCGCACAGGAUAAGAGCAUCUGUUGAGACAGAGGGAGCCAGAGUUUCAGAAGUAGCAACUGUAAACUCAGAUCCAAUCCAGAACUGCAUCCUACUUCUUUUCCAGGACAAACUGUGUGGGUUUUUCUUUGCAGUCAGCAGCCAUGCAGGUGUCAUUUGCGUGUACGGAUCAUGGGUUGAAGGCCCCGCGCACCAGCGAGCCAAACAAGCAAAACACGUCCAGUCCCAACACGGCAAGCGCAGCCCGGGCACGCUUCCGGACGGUGGCUCUGAUCGCUCGCAGCCUGGGCUCCUUCACGCACAGGCACCACAUUUCUCUAAAGGAGUCCACUGGGAAACUCACCGGCAUGAAGUACAGGAAUCUUGGAAAGUCAGGACUGCGGGUGUCAUGCCUUGGACUGGGGACAUGGGUGACAUUUGGGGGACAGAUUUCAGAUGAGGUGGCAGAGCAGCUGAUGACUAUAGCCUAUGAAAACGGGGUGAAUCUCUUUGACACUGCAGAGGUCUACUCGGCUGGCAAGGCUGAAAUAAUCCUAGGAAACAUUAUCAAGAAGAAGUGCUGGAGGAGAUCCAGUUUGGUUAUCACCACUAAACUAUACUGGGGAGGAAAGGCAGAGACAGAGCGUGGGCUCUCGAGGAAGCACAUCAUUGAAGGUCUGAAGGGCUCUUUGCAGAGGUUACAGCUGGAUUAUGUGGAUGUGGUUUUCGCCAACCGCCCUGACAGCAACACGCCUAUGGAGGAGAUAGUGAGAGCCAUGACUCAUGUCAUUAAUCAUGGCAUGUCCAUGUACUGGGGCACAUCCCGCUGGUCAGCUAUGGAGAUCAUGGAGGCGUAUUCUGUAGCGAGGCAGUUUAAUCUGAUUCCUCCUGUGUGUGAACAAGCCGAGUAUCAUUUAUUUCAGAGGGACAAAGUGGAGAUGCAACUACCAGAGCUUUACCACAAGAUAGGUGUUGGUGUGGUAUCCUGGUCCCCAUUGGCCUGCGGCAUCAUCACAGGAAAAUAUGAAAACGGCAUCCCAGAAUCCUCCAGAGCCUCUAUGAAGUCAUAUCAGUGGUUGAAGGAGAAGAUUCUGAGUGAAGAUGGCAGAAAGCAACAGGCCAAGCUUAAGGAAUUAACCCACAUCGCAGAGAGGCUCAGUUGUACGCUGCCACAACUUGCUAUUGCUUGGUGCCUCCGUAAUGAAGGAGUGAGUUCUGUUCUCCUGGGGACCUCAAACCCUGCGCAGCUCACCGAGAACCUGGGGGCGAUUCAGGUUCUUCCAAAGAUCACCGCUCACGUGGCCUCGGACAUCGAUAAAAUCCUGGGAAACCGUCCGCACAGUAAGAAGGACUACCAUCACUAGGCCUUUCUGUGAACCUGUAAGCCUUGAGACUCAGGAUCCCGAUCCAGCCCUCGUGUGUCGGCAGUGUGUGAUUCCCACUGUCUUAUGUCCACUUCUCCCGCAGAGAGCCGUUGUUACCGUCUCAGUAGAAAUGCUAAAGUGUUAUGCAUGCUUCUGUUCGACCUAAACCUGAGCUCAGCCUUGCAUUAGGAUGUCUGUGGAGAUCGACGCACCUGCCUGUGAAGCACAAAAGCUCCCUCAUCCACGGGCUUUUGCAUUCAGCUGUCCAUCACCCAUAUGUGCCAAAGUGAACCUGGUCUUGAUCCUUGACCUCCGGACAACCAUUCUGAAAAGGUUGAAUAAUAGGCUCUGAAUACUGUCUAGAAAAAAACACAUUGAAAUAAGGGGAAUAAAGACAGGAAAAUGCACCGAGAAUGUAAAAACUGUGAUGUAUUACAGAGCAGCGAGUACUGUGUAAGAUGUGUGCAUUGGUAUGUUGGAUUAAAAAGCCAUCAACAGCAAAGUGGGCUGUUUUUGUGUUUAAAUGUUGCUCCCACCAUCUUGUUUAGACUGUUUGUGUAUGUUACCUCUGGAAUUUGUGUCAUGUCUAAUCAGUACAAUAAUUUCUUACUUCUCAAGUCAUUUUAAAUGAAUAAUAUAAAAGAAGUUUAGUUUAUUCAAAUGCUUUUCCAGCGAUAAAGUUUCACUUUAUUAACGACUGGUUAAAGACUUAAAUGCUUGCUGCUGUAUUUGGUAACUUCUGAACUGCUAAGCAGUACAUACUUGAGUCCAGAGAGUUGAUAGAAAUGCACAACUACUGUAAACAUCUAGUAAAUAAGUACUAUAUGAAAAAAAUGGGGUCAAAAUGUUUACAAACUUGAAAAUAAUGAAGCUGUUAAUUAACGCAUU